GAAUCUGCUACAGACCUACAAAGUUCAGUUGGUGGGCGUAAAUUUGCCUUACAAUAAAUCUACCACUUUUCUAAUUCAGAGCAAGCACCAAAAUCAACCCUUAACCACAUUUCUAGUUCAAACCUGUAAAGAAUCCAAUACUUCCCGCGUUAUCAACAAAAGAAACGCUAUUCCAUCCAAGAAACACACCCAAAACAGCAUCAAGAAACAAAGAAGAAACCGAAGAAAGGCAGAGUUUCAUGGCUAAAAGGCUGGAGAUCAGAACAACAUCAUCAAGAAGAAGAGCGGCAAUGGUGUUUCUAUAUCUUCUUCUUGCUAUCUUAAUGAGCUCGAGCGGUCUAGUGCAUGGACAAUUCUUGCCAAAUACACCCUCUGUAAUGGAAAAUGGAUCACAUGUAUCUGCGUUGUACUUAAUGGGUGAUUCUUCUGUUGAUUGUGGAAAGAACAGUCUCUUUUACCCUCUACUUCGCAGAAAUCUUUCUUUGCUUCCUUGUAAUGGGUCAGACUCCACCCUUCUUCCUCAUCUUCUAGCUCAGAAGAUGGGCUUGCCUAAUUCCCAGCCAUUCAACAGUCAGAAUGGAUCGAUUGAAGGGCUAAUAAAAGGUGUGAAUUACGGUUCAGCGCAUGCAACAAUCAUAAGCCCCAGCAGCCAGAGCCACUCCUCUUUUAACCAACAGCUGCGCCAAGUAUACGAGACCUUCCAGUUGUUGCAGCUUCAGCUUAGACAGGACAUCGCCCAGGAUUUUAUCAAAUCCUCCAUGUUCUAUCUUUCCUUUGGAAAAGAUGACUAUGUUGACCUCUUUCUGAGGAAUUCUUCAGGCGUGAUACUCAAGUACAGUGGCCAAGAAUUUGCUCGCAUUCUGGUCAACCAGAUGGUUCAUGCUAUACGGACCCUUUACGAUGCAAAUGUGAGGAAGAUCAUAAGCACAGGAAUAUUGCCGCUGGGAUGCACUCCACGCGUGGUAUGGGAGUCGUAUAAUUCAACUGCUAUUCAUCAUGGAAUGGGUUGUGUAGAAGAGAUCAACGAGUUGGUUUUGCAAUACAAUACAAUGCUUAGUGAGCAUAUUGUGGAGCUCAAUGUGGAAUUACCUGACGCUCAGAUAAUUUUCUGUGAUGUAUACCAGGGAAUGAUGGAGGUCAUAACCAACCCAACACUCUUCGGAUUUAGGGAUACACAGAAUGCGUGCUGUGGGCUCGGUCUUCAUGGUGCAGAGAUUGGCUGUGUUUCCACAGAGACGGCCUGCAACCAAUCUUCAGCUCACGUAUGGUGGGAUCUUUACAAUCCUACGCAAGCAUUGAACUCCUUGCUUGCUGAUUCAGCCUGGUUUGGCCAUCCCUUGCCCGGCAUUUGUCGUCCUAUCACAGUCCAGGAAUUGGUGUCCACUUCACAUUUGACCGGAGUGCCAUCCAGGUGAUACAUGCUUCAUCAAACCGUCUGCUUUAGUAGUUUUUGGCCUGUUGCUCAUGCUGAGCACUGCAGAUUGAACAUAAUUUUAGAUUAUGAUGAUAACUUUUCAGAAAUUUGUUUCUUGCAUCCCAGUAGUAACUGUAUACACACCGCUAGUAUAGUAACUGUUAAUGCAAACAGUACUGUCCUGUUCAAGAAUGAUAUUGGAAACAUGAUGAUAUUUUUCCCUA